AUGUCAGACGAUGAAUUCUUAACCACCACUAGAGAAAGGAGGGCUAAUGCUGGUUCAAGAUUAAGACAAUUACUUGACUUGGAGAAUGAUACGAAGCCUUCCGUGUCAAAAUUCAUAAGUGAAGAUGAUGAGAAUGUUAAUUUGUUGUUUCAAGAAGAUGAAGAUGAUGGUGAGUUUGAAGAAAGUGAAAGUGAAGAAGAAGAGGAUGAGGAUGAUCAAGAAGACAACGAGAAUAACGAUGUGGAGGUUGAAAACGGUGACGAAGAACAAGCAGGAGAUGAGGAAGAAGAGGAAGAAGGAAAUGCUGCUGAUGAAUUGUUAUCAGACGCACCCAUAGAUUCAGAUCAUGAUUUAUCUGACUCAGAUAUUUCAUUAUCGGAUGACGAUGAAUAUGAAGGUGAAAGAGAAUUGGAAAAGCAAGAAAAACAAAAGAAACGGAAGAAGUUGAAUAAGUUGGUGCCACAGAUCAAAAAGUUCAAAAAUGAUGCCAAACCUAAACCCAAGAAAAGAGUUACUAGUGAAUCUUUGUUGAGCAGUGUCAGAAAAUCUUCCAGAUCUUCAGCAAUAGAGAAUAAAGAAGCUUUGGUUGAAAAAUUAAGAAGAGAUGAGAAACGUAGAGAAAACACAGCACCUAUAAUAAGGAUAAAACAAAGAGAAUUAACUCAAGAAGAAAAAUUAGCAGAAGCUGUUGAAACUGAAAAACAAAAUAUCAUAUCUUUGGAGUUAUUCAGACAACAAGAAGUUGUGAAGAAGGAAAGGCAGAAACAUCUUCUUCAACUGAGAAGGAAGAAAUUGGUGGAUAUAGUCAGAUUCUUAAGUAUUCAAGAGUAUAUCACGCCUAACCAAGAAAUUGAGUUGGCCAGAAACUUAUAUUGGUCAUUAACCACCAAAUCCAAAAGGAGAAAUUUGAAGAAGAUUCAAAGAGAUUAUGAUAUUGAUUUGUCAAGAGUUCCUGGUGAAAUUGAUAAAUCUUUACCAUAUUAUAUAGAAGAACAGAAACAGAAAGAGUUGGAGGAAGCUGAGAUAGCUGUAUCUGUCGAUAUCACUGAGGGUUCUGAAAAUGGUAAUGGGUCUGUAGAAGUCAAUGGAAGUGAAGGAGCUGAAAAUGAAAAUGGGCUCGUAGAGGUUAAUGGAAGUGAAGUGGUUGGAAAUGGUAAGGAAGCUGAAGAAGUGAAAGAUGUGGAGAUGAGAGAUGUGGAGAUGAACGAUGUGGAGAUGAAAGAUAUGGGGGUCAAUAACGAGGCCAAUGGUCACGAAAAUAAAGAUGUAGAAAUUCAGAAUGGACAUAUAGAGAAUGUCGAAAAUGGACAUAUAGAGGAAUCUCGAAAUGGAACAAAUGAACAAGUGUCAUCAGAUGGUAUUGUAGAAAAUGGCCAAGAUAAGUCACUCGUGACAGAAGAAUCACAAAUAUCUGAAGUCAAAACAACCGAAUCAGAACCAAUUCCUGAACCUAAAGAAACAGACGAAGAAACUAGAAAAACCGUUACUUUUGCUGAAGGGGUCAAAGAACCAAAUGAACCUAUAAAAGAGAUGAGCGAAGAACCUAGUGAAGAAGUUACUGAUACUCAAGACAACGAAGAUGAAGAAGAGGAAGAGAUAUUUGAAGGACCUGCUCAAAAAAUUUGUAGGAACUACAUUAAUUUGAUAGAGUUCACUGCAGAUAAACCCUUAAAUGAUAUCAAUAUGAAAAGAUUCGUUUUUGGUGAAGACGCUGCAUUGACAGGAUCACGUAGAUUCAAAGAUUUGAAGACCAUUUUGAGAAUUGGGAAUGCUGGUAAUCCAUAUGCCAAAAUAAAGGAAACCAAAGAUGAACUUUUCACUCCUGUAACGGAUUUAACUGAAGAUAAUGCCAUGUUUGAAGAAUUAAAUAGAUUACCUCAAUUAGGUAUCAGACAAGAAAUUGUUGAAGAAACAACUGAAACCAAUGAUAAUGAUUCAAAUAUCAGAAUCAAUACUGAAGCUCCUUUGGGUCUUUACUUACCUAAUGGAAAUAAGAAAAUAUGUCUCAUUACUGGUACAGAGGUUAAAUACUUUGAUCCAAGUAUUGGUGUUCCAUAUAGUGAUGUUGAUACUUUCAAAUUCUUGACAUCUAUUGAAAAUGGUAAUAUUCCAUGGUAUAACUUUGAUGGAGAGUAUAAUGAUACUGGAGCUACAGAAUUAUAUUUGGGUUCAAGAGAUGGUGUUUUAAGACAUGCUAGAGGGGUACCAGAAGGUUUUGAUUAG